GUUUUCUGAGUUAUAGGUAUUGGUACGAUUGACUUAGGUCUGUAAGUUUGUAUAACCUCCAAGCUGUUACAGUGUUCGUUUUUUUAUUAUUUGAAUGUUAAUCCCAAAAUUAAAAAAAUGUGUUCUACUCCUUUUUGGAGAAAAAUCCACCAAACAAUUUCCGGUCAUAGUCAAAAUAUCACUGAAGAUAUAGUAACAGAAAUUUUAAAACUCUCAAAAACGGAAUUACUUGAAGGCCUCCUGAGCUAUAGACCAUAUACCAAAAAGGGUUAUCAUGACUGGGUUGCAAUUUCGGAUGUUAGCAUUUGCAUGAAAGAAUUUGUACAUGAUAUAAGUCAAGUCCUUAACUUAGACACCAGUACUGCUUAUCCGGUCAUGUGUAACUAUCUGAUGUUUGAAUAUUAUGGAAAAAUUAAAGAGUUUUGGCAAAUAACGAGAAUGGGUUCAACAAUACAUUUGAAAGAAAGUAUUUGGAAUUUUUACACGGCUGAAAGAAUGUUUUUGCUGAAGACAUGGAGACACAUAUUCGAAUGUGUUGAUAAAGAUUAUGAAUUUGCUGAACAGUAUAAAGAUUUUUUGAAAACAAUUAAAAUUGAGGAAUUGCAAAAUAACUUGAUUACACAGUUUGAGGAACUUCUUAAUGAGGUCACUUCAAAUACUUUUGAUGAAAGAAAUCCCUACAAUGAAAACUGGUUGUGUAGAAACAUCAGGGAACAAAUCGAAAUUCUCUUAAUUCUCAUUCUAACAGCUACACAUAAACCCCUUGAUACGCCAAAAUUGUCUCAUUUAAUUAAGUUAUUUACUCAGAAUAACUUUGGUACCCAACCUGCUUUUUUCGACAUCAGAAAAUACGCAAAAGCGCAGGAUUUAGACCAACUGAUGUAUGCUGAAAUUGGGUGUUACUUUUCCAUUUUAGAAAAUUAUUGGGAUAUAGAAAUUGCAGAUUUUUGGAACCAAGACUCAACAAGUGAAUUGGACAAGUCUUUACUUAACUUGCACCUCAAUCCUGGCCACAUUAUAAUAAUGCUAGCUUGGUUAACUCUUAAAUUUAAAUCGCUAAAUCGUGAUGAAGACGCCGAAAAAAUUCUCGAAUUAUUCAAAAGACAACCGUUUAUUUUAUGGCAUAAAAUCCUCUCAGAUAGUAUGUUUAAGGAUUGUACCGUUGGUGAGGUUGUUUUAAGAGCAACUCAUAAAAUGCUAGACGAACUUUGUUUGAUGUUUGACGACCGAAAAAUUCUCUACGAGGAUGGUGGUGUAAUUAAAAUUCUUGCAGAGUUUCUCAAACAACCAGAUUUGGCGGAAAUUUGUUUGCAAACAAGAAAUGGUUUAGACUGUAUGAUGGAAAUAGCAAUUGAGUCAUUUCCUCACGAUUUUUAUUCAUUUACAACCAUUGCACAAUCAUUACUAGGACUGCGCGACCAGUACAAACAAACCAUGCAUUUGUUGAAUAACUUCCCGUCGUUUUUGUCGGAAAUGACGUGGACGAUUCCUAAAGAAGAAAUUUCGGUUUUGCGAAAAAACCAGCCGGCUUUUCCCGACAGUGAUUUAAUCGUUUUCCCACCAAAAACGGUAGUAAGAUCGUAUCGAAUUUUUGGAAAAAAUUUGAUACAAUACAAGGGGAAAUAUAGCUAUUUUUUCCACCUCGAAUAUUUAGUUACUUUGUUGAUAAAUAACGGGUUGUGUUACCGCAAGUUUGAUGAAGUUUUAGUCAAAAAAAUCAUAGCCGGUUAUGGGGUCGUAAUUCAAGCAAUUAGAUAUUGUGUUGACAUGGAUUUGAGAACAAUUGGGCUGGAGAGAAUCAUUCUCAAAUUAAACAAACUCUUAGUGCAUUUAGAUGGCCCUUUGUUAAAUUUCGAGUUAGUCAAACUUUAUUUUGAUUUGCAAAAUGCGCUAAUGUUGUACAGACAAAGCAGUUUUUUCAAAAUCUGUCCCGAAAUUGUUUGGAAAAUAUUUUUUCCGAAACUGAAACCGGAGUAUUUGACCCAAAAUGUUAAAAACUUGCUUUUGAAUCAGUACGUGUUUGAAGACAGAAUUUUCAUGCAACUGUUUCAAAAAGAGGAGUUUAAAGAAGAUCACACUUUACUACUGACUUAUAUCAGGAUUUUAAGCAACAUUAUUAAGGUGAAAUUUCAAUUCAAAAAUUUCCAAUUAUCCGGCGUUGUUUAUUUAUUCAAUUAUGUGUUUUUGCAACACCAAACUUGGGUCUAUAAAGACGAAAAUCAAAAAACACAAAUCACACUCGAGUGUCUUAAAAUUUUUCACUAUGUCUUGCAAAAACAUGUUGAGGAUUUAACCGAUAUUGAAUUGAAGAUUUUCCAACUCUGUAAUCACGCUUUUUUACACAACGUUUACGUAAUUGAUUCAUUUCUCCGAUUGUUUGUCAAGGAAAGGUAUUAUUUAAUUUACGCAAUGGAACGGGAAUCGAAUUGGCAAUAUGGCCCAUCUUUGGAUUCUUUGCAAUGUAUCAGAAUGCAAUUAGCUCUUCUAUUAUUGAUCAUGAAUCGAAAAAAAGCUAUUGGUGAUUGUUGCUUCAAUGAGAGACUACCAUUUGUGGUAAAACCAGUCGCGUCGUAUUUUACUAACUCCUAUAGCCCCCUUAUAGCCGAAUUAUCUUGCCGGUUUUUGGAAAAAUUAUCACAGGAUCCAUUUGUGCCUUUACUUGCAUUACUUGAACUAGAUCAUUAUCAAGUUCAAUCAUUAUUUUUGGAACGUCUGCGAGACCCUUUGGAAGAAGAAAAUGUGAAAAUGGCAAUAAUCGAUUUAAUUAACACUUGUAUUUCAAGUCAGGACGGAAUGACUGCAGCUUUUUUCAAUUUGAAAUGUUUCAUGUACUGGGAUGGGGCCGAGAAUGAUGUUAUAAAUGGUGACAGUGUGAGCGACUUUAUGGUUGAUUAUUUACAAAACAUAAAAAAGUCUCAUGAAUAUUUUAAAAACCCUCUCCAACUGGGAAUCCUCCGACUUCUUUACAACUUGUGGCUAAAUCACCGAGAAAAUUUAAUCGAAAAUAUAGCAAACUUGAAGGAUUUUUGGCCCGUAAUGGUGGACCCGUUUUUCUGUGAUUAUAAACAAGACCUGGAAAUUUACACAAUCAUCCUCCGGAUAAUUAAUUUAGAAAUCGGUGCUAAUAUGGACAAAGUUGAUGAGAAACUCGUUAAAACAAUCGAUAAAUUUUUCAAGGACAAAAAACGCAUUACGAAUUGGACCAAAUUUGUCCUUGUGUCCUCUCAAAGUCACUCGAAAAAUAAACUCGACUUGUUAAGUGUCUGGAUGGAGUUUUUAGUAUUGACUAAAAAAGUUAUGGCUGAUAGUUUCGAUAACGACCUUAAAUUCGUCUUGAUUGAUUGUUGUCUAGACGGGUUGCACCCACCUGAAGGUGGUUUUAAUAACAUCGAAACGAUUUAUCUAUGGUCACAAUUGUAUUUGCUCCUAAUAACCACGUGGGCAGUCUAUGAGAAAAAAGAACAAGUGGUUUUGGGAAAACUACAAACGUUUUUACACGCACUUAACACUUAUUACAAAUAUCUGACCCCGAAAAUCAAGGAAAAUAUUUUAUGUGCUAUUAAUAGGACUAUCAUUGAUCUUCACGACUAUUUCAGUGUUAAUACUGCACAAUUGUUGACAUUUUUGUACUCAAUUGGGCCGUUAAUUGACGCGGAAUAUUAUUAUUUAGAGUCGGAAGUGUUUGAGACUGAGGAUGAUGCGGAAAAAGUGCGACGACUUAAACCUUGGUUGAUUAUCAUUUUUAUCGGAAAUUCUAUAAUGGCACUUGAUAAUGUUGAUGAAAUUGGGUUGUGGUUUUACUAUGAGCAAUUUUUGCAACGUGUUAUGGAUUCUGUAGGGUCAAUGUUGGAAAAUAGUGGCACUUUACCGUUUGCGAAAUUAGGUAUUGAUUUUCUUAUUUCUUAUGCCGAGUCUCCAUUUGUUAAGGAUUUCCUAAAGGAGGAUUUAUUUAGUUUCUACUUUAAACUCCGUCCGCCACCUCUCUCGAUAAGUGUGGGGGAAGCAAUUCUUUCCGGACUUCCUGUCAAUUUGAAAGAAUGGUGGUUCAUUUUAAUUACUUUGAUUAAGCUAAAUCGUAUUUUGAUACAACAGAUUGGGGAUGCGAUGUUAAGGACUUGCUUUUCGUUCAUUACCCAACAUGAUAUGUUACUCAAAGAGAUUAUUUCUUUGACUAAACACACCGUUGAUAUGUCAGCCUUGACUUUAGUUUGUGAAACUUUGAAACUUAUUUUGGUUGUUUUGACCCAAAUGCCACAUUGGAGAGUCGACUCGCCGUAUUCUUACGAAAUAAUAAUUGAUGGUAUUAAAACAACAAUAAAUGCCUGUGUUUUGUCAAUCCUGGGAUACAAAAAAAUUAAUUUCUAUAAUAUUAUCAAGGGAAAAAAUUUGGACCUAAUUGAUUGUACCCCAACUAAUUUACUAGUCUCAGUGUUAAACAAACUAACAGAAAUCGUUUAUUGGGGAUGCAGCUGUUUGAAGAAAACAAAAACUGACUUAGUAACCCAAUUAAAUGCCCACUAUGAGACUGAAAAUCUUGCAUUAUUAUUGGUUGAAAACGACUUUAGUGUCCCCCGAUUUGAAUUACCGAUUAAUCCGAGACUGACUUAUGGCUCUUUAUUAUGUUUGGCUGAUUAUUUGUGUAAAACACUUAAUCAGUUAUCUCCUACAACUCCGUCGAGAAUAUCAAGGAGUCGUCAAAUGUCUCUAACUGAUCUUAACGAUGAAAUGAAAGUCAAAAGUUUGGGGAAAAUAUUCGAACACUGUACUGCAACGUAUGAGGAACGUAUCGGUUUUAUGGUUUAUAUCCAAAAAAGCGACGAUAUGCCGAAUGAAAAAUUCAGUUCGUUUUUGCAUUACGACAUGUCGGAAUUUUCUGGUUCGACUUCAGCGGUUUCCCAGUUAGAUUACCACUUGGUUAAGAAUGCGCUUGAAGCGUUGAUGAGUUUUCUAGCUGGUGAAAUCUUCUUCGCGAUUCGGAAUCUUCGAGGGGAAGCUGUUUUUUCAUAUAAAAGAGAGUUAAGCUCCGAAAUUCAGUUCUUUUAUGAAUUUGUUAGGAAGAGAACUAGUGAACAAUACAGUGCGAUGGUAGCGACACCACGAUCAACAUCUUCGAUUGCACAGACUGAGCCUGACAUCAUCAAAAGAUACAUCAUCACUAAAGUCAUGGAUAAUGAUACUAAUGAUAUUGUUGAUAAUAAUUUUGUACUCGUCAUUUCCCAGUGGUUAAUCAAAUUUUGCCACUUGUCUAAUUAAAUCGUUUUGUGUAAUUGAGUUUCAAAUAAAACAAUUCUUUUAUAAAAA